AUGGCGUCAAAGAAGAAGCCAACAGCGGUCCGCUUUGUUGACUCCCACCCUUUCCCGUCCUCCAAGCGAGAACAGGAGCUAAUCCGGGCCUCGGCCCGGUCUCAUGCUGCAACUGUGUCGCACCCAAAAUACAGAAAGCAGUCCACUCAGCGACCAGACGAAGAAACCAGUGCUGCUGCUCUCGCGACUCGUUCGGAGCGAUCCUCAAGUGAAGAGACCACGUCCCCUCCGUCGACACGCCCCGUGGACACCCCGUCUGCUCAGGAACUACUUCAAGAGAGUGCUAAGCCCUGGCAGAAAUUCAACCAGCAGAAUCAACCUUUCCACAGGUAUCGUCUUCCUACCAAGAGUUCCAGCGGAAACAGCAGCACAGAGGCCAAUGUCGGACGCAAGAGGAGGGAGAUUCAAGUCAGGCGAGAUGGAAAUCAAUCGCAGGUGGUUGCACAAAGUUCCAUUCCCAUAUUCAAAGGAAACACUGAUCCGUUCAAUACAACGGUCAUACCAGUCAGUGCACUUGAGCACUUGUUACUUCAACAGGCCCGGGCACAAUCGAUGCUGAACACCUGGCCAUCCGAGAUAGCCUUGCGUCACAAUCACGGCGCCCUCACGGCCGAAUCCCUAAAGAAAAUGCCAGCUUUUAUCACAGACAAAGCUUCUAGUCAUGCAAUUAUCUCCCAUGCAUACUACAGCAGCAGCAGCAGGCAGCGGAACCGAGGCCAGCCGUACGAGCGGACAUUGGGGCAUGCAGAGAAACAUAAAUUCCAGGCACUCAGAGCGCUACAAGAGUCUCUGGAAUCACAGCGGCACACUGGAGACGCUGGAAAGCUGAGGAAAAUCUUCGCCGCCUGCUGCUGGCUUGGAGCCGCCGAGAUGCUUAGCGGCAAUGUUCAUGCAGCAAUAGUCCACUUGACCGCAUCCAGGAAAAUAAUUGAGUCGAUGGGAGGUUGGUCAGCGAUCGGCCGCAUGGAGAAAGAAAUUCUGCUUGGUGCGGUGGUAGGCCUCGCUGCUGCCCUACGCACUCGUCCUGUGAUGGAAAUUGGCGACUUCGACCCUGGAUCGUGGCGCGACUACCCGUGGAGCACCGAGUCGAACGACCCGCCCACAUUAUGCGAAGACUUGAAGCUUGCUUUCCCUGAAACAGCUCCCUCUGAAUCUUCCGGCUCAACCUCCAUCAGCCCGGCCCUAAAAGCUAUAUUUGAAGACAUGCGAGAGCUUUUAGUGAUCGAGGAGCUAAAAUUCAAAUAUGCGACGUCUAAAUCCUCUGGCACGACAGAGAUCUUCCGCUGGUCUCAUGCUCGCAAAGUCGCAGUCCGAGCUCGCGGUCUGCACUACUGUUGCGACUUGGUUGAAGCUGCUAAAAUGGAUGGCAAGCCUAUGACAGUGGUCUCCGCGCCUAAUGGAAUUGCAUCCCAACUCGCGCUUACUUACGAGUUCGCGUUAUGCCUUGCUAUGCGCUGUUUUGAUCGAUGCAUCUUCGAAGAGCACUAUCAACCCGGCGGCGUCUUCCGUGAGAGCAAACGUUACCACAUGGAAAUGACUGCUGUCAUGGAAGCCCUACGGCCCGCGGCCGCGGACUUUUCUCUUGUCCCUGAUGAACGCACACGCGAUGUUCUGUGGAUCUACUCUAUUGGUGCGUACGUGGAAGACGUAUUCUUGCGUCCCGAACUCGAGCGAAAGGGGGACCCGGUGCCGUCUCAGAGGCGAUUUUUCAGCACCCGCUUUAGCUACUUGGUCGCCGCAAACCUGGAUUUUGGUAGCUUUGAAGACGUCACGCGAUUCUUGAGGGAGACAUAUCUCUAUUUUCCCCGGUUGCAAGAUACAAGUUUAAAGAAAUUGGUCGAAUUCUGA